AUGACCGUUGACGACCCGAGUGAUACCCCGGCUCCCUUCUCGUACGAUGCCGGUGAUGCUGGGAGUCGAUCGCGCCUAGCUGUCCCGUCCAGACAAGUGGCAUACGCAUCACAACCAUCCGCCCCUGCUAGACGUGCCUUUUUCGAUCCCUGGAACAGUUCCAGCACUGGUCAUCAACGUGCCGAAAAUUGGCUGUCUGGCUCGACAUUAUGGCGCACGUCGCGUAACCUCAAGCUGGGGGAGCAAUUCAAGGGUGGUCGGCACGGCGGCAAGAGGAUCGCAGACACAGUCGGCGCAGGCAGCGACGACUCCGCCAACGUCGGUCUCCACGGUCUCAGGACCGGUGGACAAAAGAGUCUUGCCGAAGUCUGGGCCGCAGGUAAGUCGUGCACACAGCCGUCCAAAAACAAGGAGCCAAAAACAGAGUCAGAGUUUGAACCAGAGACAUACUCUGAGAGCAACAUUUGUGAAGAUAGUUCGGUACCUCCGGAGAAACAGUUGUUCGCGGGCCUCUGCUUCUAUCUCAAUGGCUCGACUGCUCCCCUUGUCUCAGAUCAUAAGUUGAAGCAAAUACUCGCCACACACGGCGCCACACACUCCACCACCUUGGGCCGACGGAUAGUCACACAUGUGAUUCUCGGCACAAUAAACGCAAGAGGAGGAGCGGGCGGUGGUCUUGCUGCAACAAAGCUUCAAAAAGAGAUUGUCAAGACUGGCGGCAAGACCGUCAAGUUCAUCAAUGCCGACUGGGUACUCGACAGCAUCAAAGCCAAUCGACGUCUACCCGAAUCACGGUAUUCACCACUAAAGUUUGCGCCAAAGUCCCAAAGCACCAUCUUUAGCACGAUGCGUGCCAGGACCCCUCCAAAGUCAAAAUAA